CGUAAUGGUGCCCCUUUAGGCGAGGACCACAAUGUGCCGACUAGUAGCGCUUUGCAGAAAUGGCACCUCCAUGGACUUUUAUCUUUUGUUAGGGUCUAUAAAUACUGCACCGCGCUACUUUCAUUUCUGAAUUGCUUCAUCAGAGCAUCCCCCAAUGAUUCACCAUCACCAUUCGCUACGGCUUAAUUAAAGCAUUUCACUACACUAUCGUUUACAACACCAACGCAAAAUGGAUCGCCUUCGAGAUCUGGAAGUCCCUUGGACGGACUCAAAUACCCCCACGCGCCGAAAUUCGGUUGAUUUAUCUAUUCCUUCGCCACCGGCUGAACACGACCCCAAGGCAUUUCUUAAUCACCAUACAGCGAAAUCGGCACCGAAAACUGAUCCCUCACAACUUGAGAAGGGCAGUCAAGAUGACAGUAUCAACGAGGAGCCUACACAACAACAAUUGUCCCUCAGACAGCGCUUGCAUCAUUUUACUUGGGCUUGGUUUACACUACCCAUGAGUGCAGGCGGUUUGGCUCUAUUAAUUCACGUACAACCUCAUCAAUUCCCUGGUUUGAGAAUCAUCGGUACUGUGCUUUAUAGCAUAAACCUUCUCAUUUUUACACUCUGCUGUAUUGGCAUGAUAUGUCGCUUCUUGUUCAACCCCGGCGACUUGACAAAAUCUGUCACGCAUCAUCGAGAGGCAUUCCUCUUCCCAACUUUCUUCCUGGCUAUUGCUUCGCUCAUCACCAGCACCCAGCGAUAUGCCAUUCCAAAAGAUGAUCCCUCAUAUGUUUGGGCAACUGAGACCAUCUUUUGGAUCUAUGUCGUUGUCACAUUCAUCUUAGCUGUCUGGCAGUACUCGUACCUCUUUGCAGGACACAGCUUCAACCUGCAAACAAUGAUGCCAGGUUGGUUGCUACCUAUCUUCCCAGUCAUGUUGGCUGGUACCGUCGCGACUGUCAUCUUGGAAACGCAGAGCCAUCUCAACCCACUUCCCAUCAUCUUCGCUGGCCUGACGUGUCAAGGCCUGGGCUUCUGUGUCUCCAUGAUGAUGUACGCUCACAUGAUCGGUCGACUCAUGCAAUCUGGUCUUCCCAAUCGAGAACACCGAACCGGCCUCUUCAUGAAUGUCGGCCCGCCAGCCUUUACAGCCUUGGCCCUUAUCGGCAUGGCCAACGCACUCCCCAAGACCAUCUCUGGAGCUGACAACCUUGCUCUCAACAUCGACACCGUCCGCACAGUAGCUCUACUCUGCGCAGUAUUCCUCUGGGCACUGAGCAUGUGGUGGUUCCUUAUCGCUGUCGUCGCAGUGGUCUCAUCCCCACCCAAGUUCUUCCAUCUUGGCUGGUGGCCGAUGGUCUUCCCAAACACUGGCUUCACGCUUGCUACCAUCUCCAUUGGUAACGAGUUCAAGUGCGAAGGUAUUCUCUGGGCUGCGAGCGGCAUGACUAUUAUUCUUGUCAUCACAUUUUUAAUCAUAUUCUCAUUUAACAUGAGAGCUGUUUUUGUACGAGAUAUCAUGUAUCCUGGAAAGGACGAGGAUGCAGAUGAUCACUAGACAUUAUUUAGAGCUGGGAGUAAUGGUUUGGAUUGGUUUGUUUUAUUAGAGAUACCACGGGAUACAGGUUUAGACAAAAGGACACAAAAGAGAUCAAGAGUAACAGCGCUCAUAGAUAGGAUCCCACAGGACUUAGAAUAAUCAUCAUCAAUUGUCAUUCUCAAACACGUCUUCCAACUUGGUGUAAACACCAACUUCGGUUCCCACCGGGCCAGAAGGUUCGAUGUCAAAAUCGUGCAUCGACAGCAGGGAACAAGGAUUGGGCUAGUAAAGAAUUUUCCUUUAUCGGACGAGAUUUUACGAUCCCUGGAUCGUAAUCGCAGGGAUUUGCACGGUCUUACGCUUCUGUGAAACAGGGCCGAUGAGCUCCGCUUUUUUCUAAAUGCGUCGAUCCGAUUCUCGGCGAGACUCGCUUCGGCAAAAGUGUCAUUUUCGCCGAUAUUCCUUCGAUGCUGUAAAUAGCAACCUAUGCUCGACUUGUUGAUUUUGGAUAUCAUUAACUUGCAGAGAAAUACUCAGUAAAAUGGGAUAUAUAUAUAUGAUGGCAGAGUUCGUAAUGACAGUCAACUCUUUUGCUUCUACUUCGUCCUCGAUAUCGCAUCAAUGGCUUGGGGAGUGACUCGAUAUAGAAGCUGACUCGUCCGGUAGAUAAGUAAUCGCAUGAUGAACAGGUAUCUAAGCACGCGAUUUAGCUAUUAGUGGCCAGGGAAUUACAAACUGAAGCCCGGACUUUACAUUUUACAUUUCGAGUCGGAGAGAACUAGAACAGGGUGUUGUCUCAUUCAAGUUGCUCAUAUCCUUUUCUUUGUAGUUUGGAAAAAGGAAGGUGACCAGAAUCAUGCAUUCUCUCGUAGCAUGUAGUAAGUAGAUCUUCGGAUUGCACCCCGAGCAAAGAAUAAACGGAUAUGGAUAUGGUCUGCACAACUGGCUACUUCAUCAGGGUCCUUGAAACACUCAUUUAUUGGUUACAUUAGCAUCGAUGUGAAUGAAGCAGCACCAAUCUUAGAAGCCACCUACUCGCACUAGUUGCCAAUAGGGGCCGGCGCAGAGUCUUCCAUUCCGGUCAACUGCAGUGGCUAACACAUUCAGACCACAACUUGGACAUAGUAUUACGAUCCCUGAAUAAUUUCUGUAUAGAAGACGAAAUAUGGAGCUCGCGUUACAUGACUCAACUAUGAUUUACAGAAGCGCAGUUGUCAGUCGGGAGCCAUUACUAGUGUCCUAUAUUGGAGCAGAGCACCGAGAAAGCUACUGAUCCGCUAGACUCUUGUCUUUCAGGCCCGUUAUAAUUUUGGUAGAAUGAUGAGAUUUCUCACUUUCCAUGGAAGAAUGAUCCUUCUAAGUUCUCCUGCAGGUAAGUAGAUUGGAUCUACUCAUGUACCUUGCAUUAGUCAACUUUGGAUGUUCUGUAUAUCACGAAAUGCCUAGCUGCUUCCAUAUAUGUGCGUGAACUAAUGGAUAGAAGUAAAAUGAUCUCAAGACGUAUUAUUAGCUUGUAUGUUCUGGGGGCAAAUA